AUGUCAAUUGAUCUCAAAAGAAACAGGUCUACAAGGAUAAUCGAUUCCCCAAGCCGCUCAAAAAUUGUAAAACUCGCAGACUCCAGACCUAUGACAUCUUCAUCAAAUUCAAAGAAAUUUGAGUUUAUCGUUACCCCAGAAGUCUACCACACAGCAAGCACAAUUCAUAAAACCCCAGGCAGGCAUUCCAAAAAUGCUGCACUUCUCCUAAACUCAGCCUCCUCAAAAAAAUUUGAAUUGACCAAAGCUGAAUCUCUGGCCCAUCUUCAAGAACAAAAUCGAGUACCUACCCCUCUUAACUUAAGCAUGGAAAAAAAAAUGCCAAGAAAAUCGAGGGCAAGUUCAAAUACCCCGUCAAAAAAUAAGCCAAAGCAAGUCCCAAUUUCUAAGGCUGAAGGAGAAAUGAUUCUAUUUAAAGAAAUAUUUGUACAGCCAAAAGAAGAAAAAUUAAUGAAACUUAAAACAAUUUUGGCGUCCCAACAAUUUGAUGAUUUGUUGCUGGAUAAAAAGAAUAUACUGGAUUUAAAUGAAUUUUAUUGGGAAUUUUUUUUUAAAAAAAAUUAGGAAAUUUUUAUAGAAAAUAGAAUAAAAAUUUUUUGAGCCCAAAAUCAACUGUAAAAUCAAUAAAUAAAAUAGAAAACGAAGUAGCUCAAGUAAGAGGGGAUAAAUGCUUUUUUAAUCAUCAAAUACAAGUACAGCCUCCUGAAGGGUUAAAUGCAACUGUUGCAGCUCCUUUAACACCUGGUGGAGGUUGGGCACCUUCAAUACCAGCUGGCAACGACGCUUUACAAAAUACAUCCUUAAAAGAUCUAGUUUUACGCGCAAAGGCUGGGGUUCAAGCUGGCGACGUCCAAAAAGAAGCCCACAUGUCCUUUUGCCUUGGAGCUAUGAAUGAAGAAAACCAAAACUACAAGGAAUCUGCAAGGUUCUAUAAGCGAUUUUUCUUUUGUGCAAGGCUACUUGACGACCCUGUAGGUGCUGCAUUAGCCUUAAACCGUCUAGGAGUUGUUUAUUACAAUAUGAAUAAGCUUGAAAAGAGCAUACAAUUUCAUAUGAAACAUUGUGAAUUUUCUGACAAAGAAAACAAAUUUGCAGCUUAUUAUAAUUUAGGAAUAACUUCAAGAUUAGUAGGAAAAUAUGGUGAAUCAGUACAGUAUUUUACCAAAGCCUUAAAUUGGGCUAAUAAAAGAGGUGAUUAUGAGUCACAAUGCAUAAGCUUAGGGCAGCUUGGAAUGUCAUUUUUAAGCUUAGGAGAAGAUUUAAAUGCGAAACAAAAUUUAGAAGCUUGCAUUCAAUUUGCGACGAGGAUAAGGAAUCCUAAAAUUCAGCUAGACACAUUGCUUGCCCUUGGGUUUUUGACUAGUAAGCUUGAAGACUGGGAGCUUUCAAGCGAGUAUUUCCAUUCUGCUAUAAAACCAGCAAGGCUUCUAGGGGAAAAUGAAGUCGCUGAUAAAUGUUCCUGCAAUGUAGGAAUUGUUGACGCCAAUAGAUGCUUUUUUGCAAAACAAAAAGAAAUACUGAAAAUAUGCUCGAAUAAAUAG